UAAGCUUUCCCUGCUUCUCCACAAAAACUACAUUUUUUUCAGGUAAUCAUACCUUCCUCUUCUUUCAUCACAGUUUGCAAAAAACAAAAGAACGAAAAAGAAUUUAAAGCUAAAAUUUUGGAGGCAACGAUGGGUUUGUCGGUGUCACGGCUAGUGAGACUGUUUUAUGCGAAGAAAGAAAUUAGGAUUUUGAUGGUGGGUCUUGAUGCAGCUGGGAAAACAACGAUACUGUACAAGCUGAAACUCGGAGAAAUCGUUACUACAAUACCCACAAUAGGGUUCAAUGUGGAGACUGUUGAGUAUAGAAAUGCCAGCUUCACCGUCUGGGAUGUGGGAGGGCAGGACAAGAUUCGACCAUUGUGGAGACACUACUUUCAGAAUACACAAGGACUUAUCUUUGUGGUAGAUAGUAACGAUAGAGAAAGAAUUUUAGAAGCCAGAGAUGAGUUGCAUAGAAUGCUGAGUGAGGAUGAACUUCGUGAUGCUACAAUACUGGUGUUUGCCAAUAAGCAAGACCUUCCAAAUGCUUUAAGUGUGGCAGAAAUUACAGAUAAACUUGGUUUACAUUCACUUCGCCUGCGUCGCUGGUACAUCCAGCCAACAUGUGCCACAUCCGGGCAAGGACUCUAUGAAGGGCUAGAUUGGUUAUCCAGUAACAUAUCUAACAAAGCAUGAUGAACCAAGCUCUGCAUGCAUUUCUCAUCUUCUUCGAUAUGAAUGCCGAGACUAUUAUAAUAUGUAUAAUAUCUUGUUUGUUUAUAGGCAUAAAUAUAUAUGAUGUUAUCUGUUAUUUGAACUCUGAAUGAAGUACCUAUAAAUCAAGCACUACGAUAAAUGUAACCGUGCGAGGCAUGUAAGAACAUAAAUUCUGAGUACUAUGCUUUGUACACCCCACUGAAGUAUUAAAGAAUAUCAAUAUCAUUUGUAUAGAGUAGCA